AUGCACCACCACAUCAUCCUCCUCCUAACCCUAACAACCCUCUCCCUCUCCCUCCCACACUCUCUCCCCACCCACCACACCCAAACCUCAAAACUCACCUUCCGCCGCUCCUCAAUCCACUUCCCAUCCUCCUUCCGCUCCCUACUACCCUCCUCCUCUCACCCCCAAAAGCAAAAGAAAGACGAACAAGCCGGCACAACAGCCACGACGCUAACGAAACCCUUCUCCUUCACGAUCUGGAAUAUCUUGCAUCACCCCGAGAGCACGGUCGACGGCACCAGUGUAGGGGAGCCAGGGGAGGGACAACCGACGCUCGCUGAGUUGAGCAUUUUUGUGGGUGGGGAUGUACAUGGGGAGAAGAUGGUGAAGACGAAAAAGAGGGGGAUCUGGGGAUUUUUGAAAGGCAGGGAGGAGGUGGUGGAGAGGAAGAAGAUAACAGGGAAGGGGAUGUUUAAGAGGAAAUUAAAGGGAGAGGGAGAUGAUACUAAGUACCGGGAGAAGAAUCCACAUUCGGAUGGCCAUAAACAUGGACAUAAAGUUUCGGAUACACAAGCAGUCGCUGCUCCGACGGCGCCGUUGAGGGUUAGUAUGGAGCAUUUUACGUCGUUUUUUUGGAACGGCGAGGGAGGGGGAGGGGGGAAUUGAGAAUCAGUUUCAGAAGUGGUUUGGGUGGGGAAGAAAGUGUGAAGUGGGGAGAGAUUUGGGGUGGAGAUGAG